AUGGAGACCGUGUCCUCGGAGACGGCGGAGGGCUGGCGCCGCGCGCUCUCCCGCGUGGUGCCCGCCGUCGUCAUCCUCCACACCACGGCGCCGCGCGCCUUCGACACCGGGGUCGCGGGAACCAGCCAUGCCACGGGCUUCGUCGUUGACAAGUCCCGCGGCAUCAUCCUCACCAACCGCCACGUCGUCGGGCCUGGGCCUGUUGUUGCGGAGGCGAUUUUUGUGAACAGUGAGGAGAUACCCGUGUACGCCAUCUACAGAGAUCCUGUACAUGAUUUUGGGUUUUUUCGCUAUGAUCCAGCUGCCAUAAAGUACCUUAAGUACGAUGAGAUCCCUCUAGCACCUGAAGCAGCAUCUAUGGGGCUGGAAAUCCGGGUUGUCGGUAAUGACAGCGGUGAAAAGGUUUCAAUCUUGCCGGGAACAUUGGCUCGACUUGAUAGAGAAGCACCAAACUACCAAAAGGAUGGCUACAACGAUUUUAAUACAUUCUACAUACAGGCUGCAUCUGGUACUAAAGGUGGCUCUAGUGGUUCCCCUGUUGUUGAUUGCCAAGGAAGAGCUGUUGCACUGAAUGCAGGAAGCAGCAGUUCCAGUGCUUCGGCCUUCUACCUUCCAUUAGACGGUGUAGUUAGAGCACUCAAUCUGAUACGUGGCUGUUGGGACACAUUUGGUAGCAAGCCAGAAUCUGCUUAUAUUCCUCAUGGUACACUUCAGGUGACUUUUCAACGCAAAGGUUUCGAAGAAACUCGACGUCUUGGACGCAGGAAUGAAACCGAGCAGGCGGUACGACUUGUUUCUCCAGCAGGGGAGACUAGAAUGCUGGUUGUUGAUUCUUCGGUGCCAGAUGGACCUGCAGACAAACAUCUGAAACCUGGUGACGUGCUGAUUCGCAUGAAUGGGGAGAUUGUAACGCAAUUUCUCACUAUGGAGUCCUUACUUGAUGAGAGUGUUGGCAGCGAGAUAAAUUUGCAGAUCGAAAGAGGUGGAACUCCUUUGACAGUAAAGCUGAAGGUAGGGGAUUUGCACUCCAUAACUCCAAAUCAUUUCCUGGAAGUUAGUGGUGCUGUCAUCCAUCCACUUUCAUACCAGCAGGCUAGAAACUUCGGGUUCAAAUGUGGUCUUGUAUAUGUUGCUGAACCUGGGUACAUGCUCUCCCGAGCAUCAGUUCCACGAUAUUCCAUCAUCAAAAAGUUUGCAAGAAAGGAUAUUGCACAUUUAGGUGACUUUAUUGCGGUUAUUUCAGAACUGUCUAGGGGAGAACGAGUGCCUCUUGAAUAUGUAACAUACACUGACCGACAUCGGAACAAGCAUACAAUAGUUACAAUUGAUCAGCGUGGAUGGUAUGCAACUCCUCAGUUAUAUACUCGAAAUGAUGCAACUGGAUUGUGGAUUGCAAAAUCAGCUAUGCUACUGGAAUCUCCAUAUGUAGUUUCCAUUCAUCAACGAGGUCAUAGGGAUGUAAACUCAAAUGUUGAUGAGAAUAUAGCUGUUGAAGGAACUGUGUCAUCUUCUAGAGAUUUAGAUGACAUAAAAGGUGUUUCACGGCAUUCUUCUAGCAUGGAAGGCUCUUCAUUGGCAGAACAAGUAAUUAAACCAGCUCUUGUGAAGUUUGAGGUGUGCGUGCCACCAAUAUGCAUGAUUGAUGGAGUGCAUGCUAAACAUUUCACUGGAGCUGGUGUGGUAAUACAUCAUUCUGACUCUCUUGGUCUGAUUGCUGUUGAUAGGAAUACAGUUGUUGUAUCUAUCUCUGAUAUAAUGGUUUCUUUUGCUGCAUAUCCCAUUGAAAUACCUGGAGAGGUUAUUUUUCUGCAUCCUUUUCACAACUUUGCAUUGGUUGCGUAUGAUCCUUCGACACUAGGAGUUGGAGCAUCCGUUAUCCGGGCUUCUAAACUUCUUACUGAACCUGCCUUGCGCCGAGGAGAUUCUGUGUACCUAGUUCGUCUAAUUGAUAGUUUACAUGCUAAAUCAAGGAAAUCAAUCGUAACCAAUUGGCAAGCUGUUAAUAUUUGCUCAAGUGACUUCCCACGGUAUCGUGCAAUUAAUACGGAGGUCAUUGAGCUCGAUACUGAUUCUGUUAUCGAACUUUCGGGUGUAUUGACCGACGAGCAAGGGAGAGUUCAAGCACUAUGGGCAAGUAUUUCCAGCCAGCUCUUCGGUUGUGGCAAAGAAGGCGACCAUCAGUUUGUUGUAGGUAUACCAAUAUACCUGAUAAGUCAAGUCCUUGAGAAGAUAAUCUCUGGUACUCCUGGACCAUUUCGUCUUAUUAAUGGAAUUAGGAGACCAGUGCCAUUUGUCAGACUUCUGGAGGUGGAGAUUUAUCCAACUUCGCUCACAGAGGCAAGAAGUUAUGGAUUGAGCGAUAGAUGGGUGCAGGCUCUAGAUGAGAAGGACCCUGAGCGAAGACAAGUAUUGCAAGUUAUAGGUUGCUUUGCUGGAUCAAAAGCGGAAACUCUUCUUGAAGGGGAUAUGAUUCUUGCUAUCGAUAAGAAGCCUAUUACAUGCUUCCUUGACAUUGAGAAUGCUUGCCAAAAGCUGGACCAUUCAGUUGGUUCAGAUGGAAUGCUUAACAUGACAAUAUUUCGCGAGGGAAAAGAAAUAGACCUUAUCGUUGGAACAGAUGCAAUAGACGGUAACGGUACAACACGUAUGGUGAACUGGUGUGGAUGCAUAGUUCAGAAUCCUCAUUCGGCUGUACGUGCGCUUGGUUUCUUGCCAAAGGAAGGCCAUGGAGUUUAUGUUUCCAGAGGUUAUGCUGGAAGUCCCAUCCAUAGAUAUGGUCUCUACCCUCUCCAGUGGAUAGUUGAGGUUAACGGGCAACCAACUCCAGAUCUGGAAUCCUUCAUAGAGACGGUGAAGGUAUUGGAAGAUGGUGAAUUUGUUAGGGUGAGGACCGUGCAGUUGAAUGGAAAAUCUCGCGUCCUUGCUCUCAAACAGGACCUUCACUACUGGCCAACCUGGGAGCUCAACUUUGAGCCGGAGACAGCAACAUGGCAAAGGAGGACAAUAAAAACGUUGCAACGUGUGAUCCAUUCUACUAAUGGUAACUAG